AUGGCGGAAAAAGUGUUUAUAUAUUUCAUCAUUCUGCUCGUAAUUGCAAAACCUGCAUUUCCCACAAAUUCAUGCUCUGUCACUGACUAUGUGGACAGCUGUAAAUACGCAGUGAGAUGUGAAAUAUACGCUGGAAGUGCUCAAGUGUAUUCUUGUAGUUCUGAACCAUAUGUCGUUUUUAUUAUAUCACAUUCAAGGAUUGAUGCACUGACUCCAGGUUUCUUUGGUUCAACUAAUUUUGACUCAAGAGUUCGUGAAAUAAGGGCAAUUGAAAAUACAUGGAAUAGUAUAGAAUCAAAUUCAUUUAAAUAUUAUUCCAAAAGCGUUGUGGUUGAUUUAUCUGGCACUUUUAAAAAUGUUAAAAUUCUAAAAUACCUCAAUAUGUCUUCAAACCGUUUGAUAAGACUGCGAUAUGGAAGUCUUAAAGGUCUACAUAGGACAGAAGUUUUAGACUUUUCCAGAAAUAACUUUUCAGAAUUGGAUGUGAAUGUGUUUCAUGAGUGCACUGAAUUAAUUAAACUGAUAAUUGAUUAUAAUAAUAUUAAGUAUGUAGAUGUAGAAAAUCUUAUGCACUCAUUAAGCAAGCUCAGAUCGUUAAGUUUAGGUGGAAAUCCACUUUCGUGCAAAGAAAUUGUUAGGAGUAUUAAAAUAACUACAAUGAGAUUGCUGGAAGUAACAUCAAUUGAUAAAGUUUAUCAUGAAGACAAUGUGUAUGGUAUUUCGUGUGGGGACGACAGUGUUUAUAAUAAAACUGUUAACCAUAAAAUUGAUCAAAAUCAUCAAGACUUUAUCGCGCCAGACUCUACACUACCAAAUAUUGUUUUAAUUUGGUGUUCAGUGUUAACAGUAGCUUGUGUCGUUAUAGGUGUAACCGUAUGUAUUUAUAAAAAAAAACGUACUAGUAAUGAUGUAUCUAGAUUACAUUUAAGACACUCCGUUGAACUCAGUGGCUCCGAAUGUCCAACAGAUUUGUUAACUUAA